AGUGCUCAAAGGCUUGAUUUUGUCAGACAUAUUGUCAGAUUUUUUUUUUCUGCUGUAGAAUCAUGCUAUUGCGGUGCAUAGCACAAAAACUCCAUCCUCGCCUUGCUGCAGGCUACUCUCCUCUAUUGUCAUCAACGGUCUGCUUGCUGUCCACUAGGACUCCAGCAAACUUGAAACUCAGGCUUUUUCGACAUCAGUUGCGUCUCGAGCACACCACGGUACCUGGCGCAGGAAGUCCCACCGUCGACCUUCCCGAUGUCGCGUACUACCAAGCUGCCCCAGGACUCUCUUUGGGCUUCCUACGAACAGAUGGCAGUACAACAGUCCCUCCCGCUAACGAACUCGACGCCGCCAAUCAAAGAUUACAUCGAAUGCACGAAGUGCACCAAGAAAUAGUGACGGCUCUCAAACGGGGCGACGUAGAUCUUGUCUCUAAUCUCUGGCCGGCUCUGUGGCGGCUCCGCCCCCUCCACUUCAUGAACCGUGACUGUGUUCUCGAAUACUCGGAUCUCAUUGCGGGCCUUCAAACUAGCAACGAUUCUUCCGAGUACACGGGGCUCGCCGCCAUCGACGAACUAGCAGCCUUUGCGGCUGCAAAGGACUUUAGCGCUUGUGCAGGUUUUUGGGCGCGCAUGCAUCACUACCUAUUGAAGAGAAACCCUGACGCAACUCUGUCUCUUUUCAACCAUGUUGAUGCACUACUAGCGGAACGCUCUGAGUACGUCACGAGUUUUCAAGGGCGUGGCCUUGGAGAAACAUACAAUCGUUACGUUUGGGCAACUGGGAUGCGAGCGUUGCAUCAUCACCUUACCAUCUGUUAUUUCCUAUCUGCACACGCCAUGAAGGACUCGAUAUCUCCUGUAAUAAAGGCCUUCUCGCAGAAUCCUCGCAUUCGCAUGACAUAUACCACGAUGACCAUGUCCAUACCGACUAUUGCAAACGACUUAGCUCUACGCGACAAAACGCUAGAAUUCGCCUCCCGCGCCAACAUCGCAAGGAUUUAUUCCCUUCCCCUCAAAAGCUUUCGUAGGCAUGUCGAACAAAUGAAGAGCGACUCUCCUUCAUUCUUGUAUGCAUGCAACAAUGUACUCAGGGAGUGCCUGCGGGACGACACCUUCCUCUUCUUCAGGGAAUCUGAACCGCCCAGCUCUGAUCAGGUUUACGUCGUGAUGGAAGAGGAACACUGGGCCAUACUCAUUGGGGAGCUUACACGCACCCGCCAAUUCGAUGCCGCAAAACACAUCUGGGAUGGUGUGAGCAAGCUUGUCUCACCUAUGCCAAUGUGCAUCUGGGCAGCCGCUAUCGACGGAUUCGCCUUCGCGAAACGAUUCGACCGUGCUCAAGCGACGUGGGAUAUACUGCGCUCCGUAGAGCCUACUCCAGGCGCGGUGGCCUACGCUGCCUACAUCAGCUCUUUGUUCAGCGAGGGACGCAUGCAAGACGCUAUGGCCCUCUUCGACGCUUUUCAAAAGCUCGUCGGUAAAACGUCAUUUCCCGCCGAUGAUCCUGCGGUGCUGUCCGUAUACGAUACCGUACUGAAGUUGCUUUUACGCCUAUCGCAGACCGACAAAGCGCGGAAAAUCCUCGAUCGCAUGAAGGCCAAAGGCCCACGUCCCGGCGUCGCCUCGUUCAAUACAUUCCUCAGGCACUACGCGCAGAAGCGAGACACGAAGGGUAUCAAGGCCAUUUUCCAGGAGAUGAGUGUAUCGGGAGUGGUCGCCGACACAUACACAGUCUCAGUCCUCCUGACGGCUCUCUUCCCGGUGCGCACGGACGCCACCCAGCUUGUCUUCGCGCUCACGCGCCAGAACGGUACAGAAAUUGAUCAUAAUGUCUGUGUCCCGCUGCUCGAACACCUCAGUGCAGCCCAGGACGACGACGCGUUCUCCGCGGCAAUCGAUGUCCUCAGCUACAUGGAAGCGGACCCGUCCAGCAAGCUCCGCCCGACAGAGCUCGCCUACGUUACCGUUCUGUGCGGCGUCGAACGCAGGUCGUGGACAGACCCGGCGCUGGCGCGCAGCUUCCGGAAAACGGUGCUGGACAAGUUCAAAGCGUCCGGCCGCUCCUUGACAGCCCGCUCGUACGUGAUGCAACGGGUCGUCAGGGCCUGUCUCGAGAAUCCUCACCCUUUGGGAGCGCGCCAGGCGUUCGCGUACUACAACGCGUACAGGCGCACUCGGCAGGACAUCAACCCAGUGGUUUAUACAGCUCUGCUUAGGGGAUUGAGGAGGAGAUGCGAGUGGGAGAUAGCGGACAAAGCAGUGGCGGACGCAGGGGAUUAUGUGGUGCACCCGGCCUGUCGUACCGAGAUCGACUGCGUUAAGCAUCGCAUACCUCUACAAGAAAACGCUCAGGCAGAGUUCUAAACAUGCAUCAAUGGAUAUUCUGCGUGGACAGCCGUUCUCACGUCGUAACUACGUGCAAUAGGUUACUGAGUUGGAUGCUUGCACCAGGAACUUCUGGAAGAGACAGGCCCAGCUUACGGGAUAGCUUUACCGACCCAACCUACAUACACGC